ACAAGUCCUGAGAACUGCGCUGGCACCCACCUUGCUCCACUGAGCUCCACCCUACCCCACCCUCCCAAUCCCUUAAGACAGAGCUCCCCAGGGCGAAGUGCAGUCCAGUGACCAGAAAAAGUCCUUAGAGUGACCUCAGCCUCCAGCCACUGGCCGCUGGUGGGCGUUGUGGCCGUGCAUGGACACCCAACCACACGAAAGGAAGACUUCUGUCCCCUCCUUGUCAUUCUGAACGACCGAGAACCCCAGAGUCCUGUCUCCAUCACUACACAGGAAGCUGAGGACUUCCUCCUAUUCUAUUGAGACCUUGAACCUUGAAAACAAAGCCUCUAGACGCUCUAGAAACAAAGACUCUGUGGACAAAGCUCCUUGACAUCAGAAGCCCACUGCCCCUGACGGCAAAGGGAAUACAGAAACCAUCUUCCUGGACCCGUGGGAGAAGCCAGGAUGGAAAACACCACACUCCCAGUGGACUAUGAUGGGACGACCACAGAAUAUGACUAUGGGGGUGCAACCCCAUGCAGUAAACAGGACUUGAGGGCUUUUGGGGCUCAGCUGCUGCCCCCAUUGUACUCCCUGGUGUUUGUCGUUGGCCUGGUCGGCAACAUCCUGGUGGUCCUGGUCCUCAUGCAGUACAAGAGGCUCAAGAGCAUGACCAGCAUCUACCUCCUGAACCUGGCCUUCUCUGACCUACUCUUCCUCUUCACGCUGCCCUUCUGGAUUGACUACAGCCUGAAGGAUAACUGGGUGUUCAGCAACGGGAUGUGCAAGUUGCUGUCGGGGUUUUAUUAUGUAGGCCUGUACAGCGAGAUCUUUUUCAUCAUCCUGCUGACCAUCGACAGGUACCUGGCCAUCGUCCACGCCGUGUUUGCGCUGCGGACCCGGACCGUCACCUUUGGCGUCAUCACCAGCAGCAUCGUCUGGGCCCUGGCCAUCCUGGCUGCAAUCCCGGGCUUUUACUUUUCUAAGACGCAGGAGGAGUUCGGUCGUUGCACCUGCAGCCUUCACUUCCCUCAAGAACACCUGCAGCAGUGGAGGCAGUUCCAGGCCCUGAAGCUGAACAUCGCGGGGCUGAUUUUGCCCCUGGCGGUCAUGAUCGUGUGCUACACGAGGAUUAUCAGGACCCUGCUCAGGCGGCCCAACGAGAAGAAGGCCAAGGCCGUCCGUCUGAUUUUUGUCGUCAUGCUCAUCUUCUUUCUGUUUUGGACGCCCUUCAAUCUGACUGUGUUUGUGUCUGCCUUCCAAAACACCAUCUUGUCCAGUCAGUGUGAGCAGAGCAAACAGCUGGACGUGGCCAUACAGGUGACGGAGAUGGUCGCCUACUCGCACUGCUGCAUCAACCCCAUCAUCUACGUGUUCGUCGGCCAGCGGUUCCGCAAGUACCUGCGCCAGCUGUUCCACCGGCUCCUGUCCGUGCCCCCGAUGAAGUGGCAGCCCUUCCUCCGCACCGACAGGCUGGAGAGGGCCAGCUCGAUGUCCCCCUCCACGGGGGAGCAGGAGCUCUCUAACGGGUUCUGACUCAGCCCCUGGCAAGAGUGGCCUGCCAGGCCCACUGGCGGGAGAGGAGGCCGCUCAGAUUCUGACCACUGGCACAGCGCAGACCGGGUGCCACCCGGGGAUCCGGUGGUCUAGACGGAACCACUCCUGGGGCUUCUCCAUACACUUCUCCCUGGAGAUGAAUGAGUGAACUGGGAAAUUCCAGAAGACGGGACAAAGGGUGAUGGCGAAGGUCUUGUGCCCAAACAGGGUUGCAGGUUUGCGAACAUCAACACUUGCAAACAAAGUCACUGAGCACCCCCACCGCCUCCUCCCC